CACUCCUAAGGCAUAUCAAAUAACUUCUACACAAGACAGGAUUUGUUUACCCGCAGACAUUUAUGUGGUACCUAUGGUAUGCCAGGACAGGGUUAGAAUCGUUCAUUCACUCAUUCAUUCAUCUUGAACUUUCAAUCAUCUACUGUAUGCCAGAUGCCUUUCUAGAUCCUGGGGUUGUAGUAAAGAAGGAAGAAAGUGAGGUUGAGUGGUCUUUCUGGUGGGGAGGAAGUAGACAAUGAGUAAAUAGGAAAAGACCUACUAUGUGAAAAGUUAAAGUGGGAUGGUAUGCAGAGAGUGACUGAAUGCUGUAUUAGAUUACAAAGAUAAGUGCGCUUGGCCUUUGCCCCGAGGUGGCAGACAUGUGGACAGCUAGCUACAGUGUAAUUCCAUAGUGCCAUGACCCAUGUGUGAGCUCAGUGCUGUGGGUAAAGCUGUGGAGAGCCUGGCAUGUCCUUAUGAGGCAACUUAGGGAUGACAGAGCAGUGUCUCUGGUCAAUAGGACCAGAUGUGUUGGGGUGGUAACAGGGGAGCAGUCUAAAGUCUGGGCUGGACAGAGAGAGACUGAUUAGCUGUCAUGAUUAUGCUUUGGAAUUACAGCCCUGGUCAAGUGCAGGGGAGGGAGGCAGGAGAGACUGCUUACUUCUCAGGGGAGAUCAAGGGAAAGCUUCCUGGGUGAGGUGACAUUUAAACAUGGCCUUUUAACCUGCGUAGAAGAAGGGAAGGCCAUCACAUGUGGUAUUACAUGAGCAAAGUGGAAAGAUACGGCUUAUCUGGGGAAUUGCUUGACUUGGUGAGAGAGAGAGAGAGCGCCCCAUGGAUUAGGCCUAAAAUAUCAACUUGCUUCAGGAGAGCAGAAGAGACCUGAUAUAGGUUUGUGAGUAGACUGAAAGAGUCACAGCCUUAGAAAGUUAUUCCAUGGAUUGAAGUGAGAGACAGCCAGCUACAAAGGCUGUUGUCAUGGCCCUGAGAUUUUGAAUGUCUUCUGGAGGUUCCUGGCAGAACCAAAUGUUGGAGAAAUCUUUUCCACUCCUCUGAAAAGUGAAGUGAGCAAAUGCAGCAUAGCAGUGGGCUCCUGAGGAGAGCAAUCACAGGUUUCAGAAGGUGACCAUGAAAACUGGAGAAGUUACAUUUCUGAGAGGAUGCUUGAAAGUUAAUGACCACUUGCCACAUUUUUGUGAAAAUUAAAUAUGACUUAAGUGCUGACGGUUUAUGAUGUCAUCGGUCGAAACAGAAAGGAAACUCCAGCAGGCUGUGAGCCUGCGGGGAGUUGACCCAGAAACAUGCAUGAUUGUGUUUAAAAACCACUGGGCACAGGUUGUAAAAAUCUUAGAGAAGCAUGACCCCUUGAGGAACACCCAGGCGAAAUAUGGGUCCAUCCCCCCAGAUGAAGCCAGUGCCGUGCAGAACUAUGUGGAACACAUGCUCUUCCUGCUCAUUGAGGAGCAAGCCAAGGAUGCUGCGAUGGGGCCAAUUCUGGAGUUUGUGGUCUCCGAGAACAUCAUGGAAAAGCUCUUCCUUUGGAGCUUAAGACGGGAGUUCACCGAUGAGACCAAAAUGGAGCAGUUAAAGAUGUACGAGAUGUUGGUCACGCAGUCACACCAGCCUCUGCUGCACCACAAGCCCAUUCUGAAGCCUCUGAUGAUGCUGCUCAGCUCCUGUUCCGGGACAGCCACGCCUGCUGUGGAGGGGAAGCUCGUCGUCCUGCUCAAUCAGCUCUGCUCCAUCCUUGCCAAAGAUCCAUCCAUUCUGGAACUGUUUUUCCACACCAGUGAGGACCAAGGGGCCGCCAACUUCCUCAUCUUCUCCCUUCUGAUCCCCUUCAUUCAUCGGGAGGGGACGGUAGGCCAGCAAGCUCGGGAUGCUCUGCUGUUUAUCAUGUCUCUCUCUGCCGAGAACAGCAUGGUGGCCCACCACAUCGUGGAGAACACCUACUUCUGCCCAGUGCUUGCCACUGGGCUCAGUGGACUCUACUCCUCCCUGCCCACGAAGCUGGAAGAGAAAGGCGAGGACUGGCACUGUCUGCUAAAGGAUGACUGGCUCCUGCUACCUCCCCUCGUGCAGUUCAUGAACUCCCUGGAGUUUUGCAAUGCAGUCAUCCAGGUGGCGCACCCCCUGAUCCGAAGCCAGCUCGUCAACUACAUUUACAAUGGAUUCUUGGUACCGGUCUUGGCUCCUGCCCUCCACAAGGUCAGUGAUGGGCUAACGUCAUCUUCUGUCUGUCUAUAGUACAACCAGAGGAAACUGAGGAAGGUAAACAGCAGUGUAAUAGACUCCAUGGUGCCUCUAGCUUGUUUUUCUUCUCUUUCUGUCCUUACUUCUUGUUUUGGUGGCACUGGGGAUUGAACUCAGGGCCUCCUAGUUGCUAGACA